UCUCCAUCGGUCCGACACAGUGCCAGCGACAGUACCGACCUCCGAGCAGCACAUACAGCGACACACACCCUGAGCCACUCCAGGUCCGCCCGCAGCAGGAUGCCCGGGGGAAAGAGAGGGCUGGUGGCACCGCAGAACACUUUCCUGGAGAACAUCGUCCGGCGAUCAAGUGAGACCAGCUUCCUCCUGGGCAACGCGCAGAUCGUGGAGUGGCCCGUAGUUUACAGCAAUGACGGAUUCUGCAAGCUGUCUGGCUUCCACAGGGCUGAAGUCAUGCAGAAGAGCAGCACAUGCAGUUUUAUGUACGGAGAGCUGACGGACAAGAAGUCCAUCGACGAAGUCCGACAGACGUUUGACAACUAUGAGUCUAACUGCUUCGAGAUCCUGCUGUACAGAAAGAAUAGUGAUCCGGUUUGGUUCUACAUGCAAGUGGGCUCCCAAUCAGGAACGAGAACGACAAAAGUGGUUCUGUUCCUCUGCACCUUUAAAGACAUCACUCUCUCCAAGCAGCCCAUUGAAGACGAAACCACUAAAGGAUGGACCAAGUUUGCCGCGUUGACUCGGGCGCUCACCAACAAUCGCAACACGCUUGCCGAAGCCUCCCCCAUAGACCAUCAUGAAGUCAGCCACAAACCGUCCAGACUGGCGGAGGUUUUGCAGCUCAACUCGGACAUCCCGCAGUACAAGCAGGAAGCCCCCAAGACACCCCCCCACAUCAUCCUCCACUACUGCACCUUCAAGACCACCUGGGACUGGGUCAUCCUCAUCCUCACCUUCUACACGGCCAUCAUGGUGCCCUACAACGUGUCCUUCAAGACCAAGCAGAACAACAUCGUGUGGCUGGUGCUGGAUAGCGUGGUGGACGUCAUCUUCCUGGUGGACAUCGUCCUCAACUUCCACACCACCUUCGUGGGGCCGGGCGGCGAGGUCAUCUCCGACCCCAAGCUCAUCCGCAUGAACUACCUGAAGACCUGGUUCGUCAUCGACCUGCUGUCCUGCCUGCCGUACGACAUCAUCAACGCCUUCGAGAACGUGGAUGAGGGCAUCAGCAGUCUGUUCAGCUCUCUGAAGGUGGUCCGCCUGCUGCGUCUGGGCCGUGUUGCUCGGAAACUGGACCACUACCUGGAGUACGGAGCUGCUGUUCUGGUGCUGCUGGUGUGUGUGUUCGGACUGGUGGCUCACUGGCUCGCCUGCAUCUGGUACAGCAUCGGAGACUACGAGGUCAUCGACGAGGCCACCAACACCAUCAAGAUGGACAGCUGGCUGUACCAGCUGGCUCUCAGCAUCGGAUCGCCUUACCGCUACAACGCCAGCGGUUCUGGCCAAUGGGAGGGCGGCCCGGGCAAAGACUCUCUGUACAUCACCUCUCUGUACUUCACCAUGACCAGCCUGACCACCAUCGGGUUCGGAAACAUCGCCCCCACCACAGACGGGGAGAAGAUCUUCUCCGUGGCCAUGAUGAUGGUGGGAU